AUGGCUAUCUAUGUAUAUUGCGAUAUUGUACAACCUCAAGUUGUCGGAAAUACCAGUGCCAAAUUACUCAGAAGCAUUCCCGUCCAAGGAAAGUUGGGUGACGUCAUUACUAAAACGUUCACAAACAUACAAUACGUUCCAGUCCAAACUAAAUCUUUUGAAGAUGUGGAAAUAGUUUUAAGGAACGACACAGGCGAUCCAGUGCCAUUUGAACGUGGCAAGGAGGUGACGACACCACAUUUCAGACAGCGUAGUUACUUCUCCUGAAAAGAUGAAUAAUCCUUACGUACGCUAUUAUUUGGAUCAACAGCAAGGGCACGGGAUGCCUGUUUUCUCAGGUAGCCCUUGGCAAGCCGGAUAUGGUCACCAGAUGGGCUAUGGAAUCGGGGGUCUGUUUCGCAGCGUGGCAAGAGCGGUGAUACCCAUGGUGAAAAGCGGAGCAAAAGGUCUUGGUAACAUUGCCCUGAAAAGUGGCGCUGACUUUGUGGGUGAUGUUCUUGCCGGUAAAAACGUAAAAGAAGCAGCAAAAGCACGAACCGUGGAGGCUGCAAACGUUGCGAAAAGAAAAGCUAUAAAUAAGCUGAAGAGUCAAACAGGAAGUGGAAAAUGUGCGAAGGGAACAGCUAAAAAGAGAAAGGCAUCAACAGCUACAGCCAGAAGCAAUCAGACCAAGAAACGGAAAACAGCUCAAGACAUAUUCGAUUGA